AUGGCUAGUCUCAAUGUUCUUACCUUUGAUGCUGAGGGUCGGGCUGUUGACUUUGAGGUCUGGCUAGAUGAUCUGCAGCUUUUCCUACAGUGCGAUAGCAAGGAUGGUCUCUCACUGUUCGAUCUCACUUCCGGCGCCUCUACUGCCCCUACUGCUGAUGCUGACAGUACUGUUCGCUCGCAGUGGCUCACGCGCGAUGCUGCUGCUCGUCUUGCUGUGCGCAACCACCUGCCGUCUACUGAGCGCGCGCACUUUAGUCAGUACAAGAGUGCUAGGGCUCUGUACGACGCUGUAGUUGCACGCUACUCCUCCCCUACCACUGCUGCCCUCAGCCGCCUCAUGCUGCCGUACCUUUUUCCUGACCUUGCCGCCUUUUCCAUAGUUGCUGACCUAGUUGCUCACCUCCGCACUAGUGACGCUCGCUACCGCGCUGCCCUUCCCACUGAGUUUCUUCCCACGAACUCCCCCCCCAUGUACAUCACCCUUUACUACCUAGUCACCCGCCUCCCUGACUCUCUCUCCUCAGUCAGGGAUCACUUUCUCUCCCUUUGCCCUAUCGAGCUGACUGUCGACUUGCUAGAGGAGCGCCUUGCUGCAGCUGAGAAGAGUAUCUUAGCUGUUGGUGCUUCUCGCGGUGACCGUCGCACCCCCUUCUUUGAGGGGUGUUCCCCUGUCCCCCUUCUCCCCUCUGUUGCCUCUGCUGCUGCUGUCGACCUCGUUGGCACUGAGGAGGUCGGCGCUGCGUCUGCCCCUAGUGGGCGACGCCGCACUGGCAAGGGCAAGGGAAGCAGGGGUGGUGGUGGGGGCGGUGGAGGCAGCGGUGGAGGAGGUGGAGGAGGUGGAGGUGGUGGUGGGGGUGGUUCCGGGAGUGGGGGCGUAGGUAGCGGCAGUGGCGGCCGUGGCGGCGGUGGUGGAGGAGGUGGCGGCGGCGGCGGCGGUGGUGGAGGUAGCGGAGGAGGUGGUGCUGGUCGCGGUGCGGCCACGCAGCGUGGAGGCCUUGGUGGCAGCCAGCGUCCGCAGCAGCUGCGCACCCGUGAGACCCCGUCUGUUCAGCAGCUUCGUGAGUGGUACGCUGGACGUGGGAGGUCUGGGGGUGCAGGUCCCUGCGCGUACGUUCUUCGCACCGGCACUCGUAGUGGGGAGGUGUGUGGUCUCCCACACACCACGCAGCGCUGCUUUGGCCGCUUGACUGACGCUUGGCGUACCCAGUUUCCUGACGCUGUUGAGCUUCCUCGUUGGCAUGAUCUGCUUCUGCAGAAUGUGCCUAUCUUUGAUCUAGAUUUUGAUGCUAUCCUUGCUGCCAUGUAUGCUCUUGCUGAUAUUACUGAGGGUGACUGUUACCUACGUGUCCCGCCCGACCCGGGCACUGUGGCUGCUGCUCUAGGUGCUAGUGCGUCUGCUGCUCUAGGUGCUAGUGCGUCUGCUGCUCCAGGUGCUGGUACGUCUCCUCCCUCUGGUACUGCACCUACUGAGUCCUUUCACACCUUCACACUUGACUCUGGUGCUUCGCGCUCUUUCUUUAGAGACAGCACCACGCUCACGCCGCUCCGUCGGCCUGUUGCGGUCUCCCUUGCUGACCCCUCCGGGGGACCAGUCCUUGCACACUCCUCCACGGUUCUACCGUGUCCUGCGGCCCCGUCGGGCUUGCUGUCGGGACUCCACCUCCCCUCGUUCUCUACGAACUUGGUGAGUGGAGCUGACCUCCAGGACGCGUGGGUUGACCAGUUCACCCCUGGAGGUCAGCGUGUGACCCACUGCACUUGCUCUCGGACGGGCCGCCACCUGGCCACAUUCACCCGUCGGCCAGGGUCGAGUCUGUACACACUGACUACUGCGCCUCCUCCGGUCCCUGCGUCUGGUCAGGUAGCUGCGUCCAGUCAGGUGUUUGCUGCUGCGUCCAGGUCUAGUCCUGCAUCUGCCCCCUGCUCGUGUCGUCCUCUGGCGCACGAGACUCUCCUCUGGCACCACCGCCUUGGUCACCCCUCCCUGCCUCGUCUUCGAGGUAUGGCCUCCCGUGCUCUUGUCUCUGGACUCCCCAGGUCCCUCCCUCCCCUUCCUCCGGGGCCUGCCCCCACCUGUGUUCCUUGUGUCGAGGGCCGGCAGCGCGCCGCUCCUCACUCCUCCUCGUUUCCUCCGACUGAGGCCCCUCUGCAGACUCUUCACAUGGACGUGUGGGGCCUAGCCCGCGUUCGUGGACAGGGUCACGAGCGUUACUUCCUGCUGGUCGUUGACGGCUACUCGCGUUACACCACAGUCUUCCCCUUGCGCAGCAAGGGUGAGGUCACUGAGGUGUUGAUCGACUGGAUCCGCGGUGCUCGUCGCCAACUCAGUGAGAGUUUCGGCUCCGACCUUCCUGUUUUGCGUCUGCACUCAGACAGAGGCGGGGAGUUUUCCUCCGACCUUCAGAGAGCCUUCUGUCGUUUGGAGGGCAUCCGCCAGACGUUCACGCUUCCGGCCUCCCCGCAGCAAAAUGGGAUUGCUGAGCGCCGCAUUGGCAUGGUCAUGGAUGUCGCUCGUACGUCCAUGAUCCAUGCGGCUGCUCCCCACUUUCUGUGGCCGUUCGCGGUUCAGUACGCGGCGCAUCAGAUCAACCUUCAGCCUCGUGUCUCCUUGCCGGAGACCACACCUACUCUGCGGUGGACGGGGAAGGCAAUGCGUCCGCGUUCCUUCUACCACCCCAGCUCGCGUCGUGUUCUGUCCUCUCAGGACGUCACGUUUGACGAGUCGGUGUCGUACUACCGUCUCUUUCCCUACCGCACUGCCUCUCCCCCUCCCCCGCCGCUCUUCCUUGCCCCAGGUACUCCUCCGGUAGACCCCCUCCCCCCCCAGGGUCCUGCCCCCUCAGGUGUGUCCCAGGUAGACCCUGCCGAGCCGGUCGAGGUAGCUGUCGACUCCGGUGCUGCUAGGGGUGCUGACCCUGCGGGUGCGGGGACUGGGGGUGCUGAGACUGGGGCCUGCGCGUGUUGA